ACUGCAGUAGCCAGGGCCAAGGGCGUAUGAGGAAGUCGGCGCAGUGAAAGAAAAAAAAAAAAAAGCCGUGGAUUUUUACGCACACACAAUCUCCAACCAUGCCUGGGAAGAAAGUCUGCAUCGUCGGUUCUGGAAACUGGGGUUCGGCCAUCGCCAAGAUCAUCGGGCACAAUGUGAAGGCUUCUAACCGCUUUGAGCCGAUGGUGAACAUGUGGGUGUACGAGGAGAUCAUCGACGGGAAGAAGCUGACGGAGAUCAUCAACACAGAUCAUGAAAACGUCAAGUACCUGCCCGGUCACAAACUGCCCCGCAAUGUGGUGGCAGUUCCGGACAUCACCGAGGCUGUGAAAGGUGCAUCCAUCCUGGUGUUUGUCAUCCCUCAUCAGUUCAUCAGCAAACUGUGUGACCAGAUCAAGCCCCACAUGAAACCAGGCGUCAUAGGGAUCUCUCUCAUAAAGGGCAUUGACGAAGGGCCAAACGGUCUCAGACUCAUCUCGGACAUCAUUCGCGAGAAGCUGGAGAUAGAAGUGAGCGUUCUGAUGGGCGCCAACAUCGCUACAGAGGUCGCAGAGGAGAAGUUCUGUGAGACCACCAUCGGCUCCAAAAACGAGGCCAGUGGAGUGAUCUUCAAGGAGCUGUUCCAGACGCCAAACUUCCGCAUCACGGUGAUACAGGAGAGCGACACUGUGGAGCUGUGUGGAGCGCUCAAGAACAUCGUGGCGGUGGGAGCGGGCUUCUGUGACGGCCUGGGCUUUGGAGAUAACACCAAAGCCGCGGUGAUCCGUCUGGGGCUCAUGGAGAUGGUGGCGUUCGCUCGGAUGUUCUGCAAAGGAGAGGUGAGCUCCGGCACGUUCCUGGAGAGCUGCGGAGUGGCCGACCUGGUCACCACCUGCUACGGAGGGAGGAACCGUAAAGUGGCAGAGGCCUUUGCCCGCUCCAACAAGUCCAUUGCUGAGUUGGAGGCGGAGAUGCUGAAUGGCCAGAAGCUUCAAGGUCCACAGACGUCCGCUGAGAUCUACAAAAUCCUGCAGAAGAAGGGCCUGGUGGACAAGUUUCCGCUCUUCGUCGCGGUGUACCUGAUCUGUUUCGAGGGCAAAGAGGUCAAGGAGUUCAUCACAUGUCUGCAGAACCACCCAGAGCACAUGUGAAAUUAAAUGUUUUCAUAAUUCAUUUCUUUACAACAUUUAAAACCGAAACCAAACUACUAAACUCAAACUACAAUGCCUUAACUCUGCCAUUCUUCUCAGGACCAAAGCUAAUUCUCCUGCAAUAAUUGUUUACAACCACUAGAGGGAGGUGCAGCCCUGUCAUUCCCAAACGCACAAUAUCAGCUAACAUCUCAGCACUUUGAAUUUAGAAUAUUUAUGUCAGCUUUUCGUCGUGUUUUACAAAAUUUCAGAAGUGCCUACAUUGAUUUAUGCUCUUAGAUGUAAUUUUGAAUAGGACUGUGUUGUCAGGUCACAAUUAAAAAAUGUAUGAAGUUACUUAAAUUGUUCUAUUUUUAACACUAUGGAGUUGAUUAAAUCUAUUUAAAACA